AUGGAAAUCUCAUCCUUUCCAGACGAGAUCUCAUUCAGGGAGGGAGCAGCGGCCGAACAGGCUAAUCCUCGCGACGACCUCCUGGUAAUUGAGCUGAAAAUCCACGAUGUCGACGUCGCGAGAGUACUGAUCGACACCGGAAGCUCGGUUAACAUCAUCUUCAAAGAAACUCUCGAAAAGAUGCAGGUCGAUCCGUCGAAGAUCACAGAAGACUCCAGCCCGCUGGUAGGGCUUUCAGGAGAGCCCACCAUCGCUUCGUGGUCGAUCAGUUUCGCAGUCAAAGCCGGAAUGACAGAAAAACUGACGGAAUUCCUAGUAGUGGAUCUCCCGUCAUCGUACAACGCGAUCAUGGGCACUCCCUGGAUAAAUUCCAUGAGAGCAGUUCAAUCGACAUAUCAUCUAUGCCUUAAGUUUCCGACCCCCCACGGGAUCGAGACAAUCUGGGGAAAUCCCAGAAUGUCACGGAUAUGCCUCGCUGCGGAAGUCAAACGCAAAAGGUCCGAUCUCGAUAUCGCUUCCAGGAAAGCUAAGAAAAAGACUUCGGACGAAGACACGCAGGAUUUGGCUGAACUCUUCUGGCAAUCUCAAAGGGCUGAUGCCCUAGAAGAAAAACGCGAACCAACCUGUGAACCCGUAAUUACGGUUUGUCUUGAUGAAGUGUUCCCAGAACGGUGUGUCAAAAUCGGAGCCAAUCUCCGCGAGCCCUUGAAGACAAGACUCGUAACCUGCCUUAAGAAAAAUCUCAACACAUUCGCAUGGACUGCGGAGGACAUGCCAGGAAUUGACAUUAACAUUACCUGCCAUGAACUAAAUACCGAUCUAACGUUCAAACCGAUCAAGCAGAAAAGGCGAAAGCUAGGCCCCGAACGAGCAACCGCAGUCAACAAAGAAGUCGAAAAACUUCUUAAGGUAGGGUCCAUAACGAAAGUCCGUUACCCCGAUUGGCUUGCAAAUCCCGUCGUUGUCAAAGAGAAGAACGGAAAAUGGCGAGUGUGCGUCGAUUUUACCGAUCUCAAUAAAGCAUGCCCGAAAGAUAGUUUCCCUUUGCCGCACAUCGACCGGCUGGUCAAAACAACAGCAGGAAAUUAA